CUCCCUGCUCGCCCCUGCCCGAGAGCGCGCGCGGCGCCUUCUCCGCGGCCUCCGGCGCCGCCUCCCCGCCUCCCCCUCCUCCUGCUGACGUCCGGGUCCCUGCCCGUCUGAAAACUCCGCGCCGCGGCGGUGGAGGCGGCGGCAGCGGCAGCGGCGGCGGAGGAGGAGCAGCGGCGAGCCGAGGCGGCGGCGGCGGCUCGAGCGGUAGCCCGAGCGGCAGGCGGCGGCCGCGGGAGCCGCGGGGAGCGCGGGGGCGGCCCGGAGCGCCCGGGGUCCCCGCGCCCCGCUCGCCCGCCGCGCUCCGAAGAUGGUGGCGGCGCCGUGCGCCCGGAGGCUGGCCCGGCGCUCACACUCGGCGCUGCUCGCGGCGCUCACGGUGCUGCUGCUGCAGACGCUGGUCGUGUGGAAUUUCAGCAGCCUCGACUCCGGGACCGGGGAACGCCGCGGGGGCGCAGCGGCCGGCGGCGUGGAGCAGCCGCCCCCGGCCCCGGCCCCGCGCCGGGAGCGCCGGGACCUGCCCGCCGAGCCCGCUGCAGCCCGAGGAGGCGGCGGAGGACGGGGGCCCUCGGCGCGGGCGCGGGGAGGCGGCCCCGCAGAAGCCCGGGCUCAGCAGCUGGCCAACCGGGGGGCAUUGCCCGUGCGGGCGCUGGACCCACACCCAAGUCCACUGCUCACCGUGGAGACCCAGGAUGGUUACUACUCUCACCGGCCGAAGGAGAAAGUACGGACAGACAGCAACAACGAGAACUCGGUCCCCAAAGAUUUUGAGAAUGUGGACAAUAGCAACUUCGCCCCCAGGGCUCAAAAGCAAAAGCGCCAGCCUGAGCUGGCAAAGAAGACCCCAAGCAGGCAGAAGGAGCUUUUGAAAAGGAAGCUGGAGCAGGAGGAGAAGGGGAAGGGGCACUCACUCCCUGGCAAAGGCACCAACGAGGCGCUGCCUCCCGACGAGAGGGCCGCGGCCAACAGGAGCCGUGGGCAGGAUGCCCCCAGACAGCCCCACACCAGGAAGGGCGGGGGCGGCUCCCCCGAGAGGAAGUAUGAGCAGGCCCCCAAGUGUGACGUGUCCGGCAAGGAGGCCAUCUCCGCCCUGUCCCGCACGAAGUCCAAGCACUGCCGCCAGGAGAUCGGAGAGACCUACUGCCGCCACAAGCUCGGGCUGCUGAUGCCCAGGAAGGUGACGCGCUUCUGCCCCCUGGAAGGCAAAGCCAACAAAAACGUUCAGUGGGACGAGGACUCGGUGGAGUAUAUGCUAGCCAACCCAGUCAGAAUCGCCUACGUCCUGGUGGUCCACGGCCGCGCCUCUCGGCAGCUGCAGCGCAUGUUCAAGGCCAUCUACCACAAAGACCACUUCUACUACAUCCACGUGGACAAGCGCUCUAAUUACCUGCAUCGGCAAGUGCUCCAGUUCGCCCAGCAGUAUGACAAUGUCCGCGUCACCCCCUGGAGGAUGGCCACCAUCUGGGGGGGAGCCAGCCUCCUGUCCACCUACCUGCAGAGCAUGCGGGACCUCUUGGAGAUGGCUGACUGGCCCUGGGACUUCUUCAUCAACCUCAGCGCAGCCGACUACCCCAUCAGGACAAAUGACCAGCUGGUGGCCUUUCUUUCCCGGUACCGAGAUAUGAAUUUCUUGAAGUCACACGGCCGAGACAAUGCGAGGUUCAUCCGGAAACAAGGCCUAGACCGGCUCUUCCUGGAGUGUGAUGCCCACAUGUGGCGCCUGGGGGACCGGCGGAUCCCAGAGGGCAUUGCUGUGGAUGGAGGCUCGGAUUGGUUCCUGCUGAACCGGAAGUUUGUGGAGUAUGUGACGUUCUCCACAGAUGACCUAGUGACCAAAAUGAAACAAUUCUACUCCUACACCUUGCUUCCUGCUGAGUCCUUCUUCCACACGGUCCUGGAGAACAGCCCCCACUGCAACACCAUGGUGGACAACAACCUGCGUGUCACCAACUGGAACCGCAAGCUGGGCUGCAGAUGCCAGUACAAGCACAUCGUGGACUGGUGCGGCUGCUCCCCCAACGACUUCAAGCCGCAGGACUUCCACCGCUUCCAGCAGACAGCCCGGCCCACCUUCUUCGCCCGAAAGUUCGAAGCCGUGGUGAACCAGGAAAUCAUCGGGCAGCUGGACUACUACCUGUACGGGAACUACCCCGCCGGCACCCCGGGGCUGCGCUCCUACUGGGAGAACGUGUUCGAUGAGCCCGACGGCGCGCACAGCCUCGGCGACGUGGCCCUCACCUUGUACCACUCCUUCGCCCGCCUGGGGCUCCGCCGGGCCGAGUCGUCGCUGCGCGGGGACGCCGAGAGCAGCUGCCGGUACUACCCAAUGGGCCACCCGGCGUCUGUCCACCUCUACUUCCUUGCUGAUCGCUUCCAGGGCUUUCUGAUCAAGCAUCAUGCCACCAAUCUGGCUGUGAGCAAACUCGAGACCCUGGAGACGUGGGUGAUGCCAAAGAAAGUCUUCAAGAUCGCGAGCCCACCCAGCGACUUCGGGCGGCUUCAGUUUUCCGAGGUUGGCACUGACUGGGAUGCUAAGGAGAGGCUCUUCCGCAACUUUGGGGGUCUCCUGGGGCCCAUGGACGAGCCAGUAGGCAUGCAGAAAUGGGGGAAGGGCCCCAACGUGACUGUGACCGUCAUCUGGGUGGAUCCCAUCAACAUCAUCGCAGCCACGUACGACAUCUUGAUUGAAUCCACUGCCGAAUUCACCCACUACAAGCCCCCUUUGAACUUGCCCCUGAGACCUGGGGUCUGGACAGUGAAAAUUCUCCACCACUGGGUGCCAGUUGCAGAGACCAAAUUCCUCGUUGCCCCUCUGACCUUCUCCAACAGGCAGCCCAUCAAACCAGAGGAGGCACUGAAGCUGCACAACGGGCCCCCCCACAGCGCCUACAUGGAGCAGAGCUUCCAGAGCCUGAACCCAGUCCUCAGCCUGCCCAUCAGCCCGGCCCAAGUGGAGCAGGCUCGGAGGAAUGCCGCUUCCACGGGCGCCAUACUGGAGCACUGGCUGGACUCUCUGGUGAGCAGCAUGUGGACCGCCAUGGACAUCUGCACCACAGGCCCCACAGCCUGCCCUGUCCUGCAGACCUGCAGCCAGACGGCCUGGAGCGCCUUUAGCCCCGACCCCAAGUCAGAGCUGGGGGCUGUCAAACCUGAUGGCCGGCUCAGGUAGCACCCGGCACGUGAGCCACAGCGGGUCUUACAGGGAAAGCAGCCAGAGGGCCAGUGGGGCCUGGAUCUGGCCUCCCACCCCUGGGGGUGCCUUGGUGAGAAGGGUUUCCCUGGCCAUGGAAUGAUGGAGAGGGAAGGUUUGGAGGCCAAAGCAGGUUCUGCCGACAACCUGCAUUUGGCCAUCUGGCUGCAGGGGGUGGGGAUGGCUCAGUCCCAGCACCGAGGUGUUCUUACCUCUUCUGGUUGGUUCUCAAGUCCUACAGGCUCCUUGUCACACGCCCGCCCCUUCCAGUGACCUGGCCCCCGCAGACCAGUGAUUCUCGAACUUUUAUUUUGAGCAGCAGAACAUUGUUUACUAAGCACAGUUAUAGCUGGAAGUUCAAGGGUCAGGUGAAAUCCAGGCUGCUCUGGCCAAAGCUGGGGCAUGUGAGGUUGGCUCUCAAAGCUCAGCCCACCAGGUGGUCCCGUUGUCAGGGGCAUCUCCUAAGGUACCUCUUCAGAACCAAGGGCUCUGCAAACCUAGUUUGAAAAGCACUGCCCAGACAGUGGGUUUGCCCUACAGCCCUGCCCUUCAGCUCAUCUCCCCACUCCUCUGGGCUGGGAACCCCUCGUGCCAGGCCCCUCCCCCUCAGAAACCAGAUGGGUGGGAAACCUUUUGCUAUGACAUGGCCAAGGUCCACCCCAAGUGUGAUUGCCACAUGUCCUGAGUUCCAGGCCACCCUCCCUCAAGGGUGCCACAUGAGGCAGCAGAAACAGGCUGAUGCUUAUGAGCAGGAAGUCUCCUGUCCAUUCAUGGGACCAGGACCUCUCCAGCCUUUGACAAUGGGCACUUUGGGGACUGUGGCCCUGAACCACAGAGCCUGUUUGCAGCCACACCCAUGCUGGAUGCACAGCAAUACGCGUGCCCUGCCGAGCCCCUCCGUUCUGAGGUCAGGCACUCCAAACCUUUGUGAAUCGCCCACUUGGUGCUGUUGGGAUAGACCAACCCGCAUGGACCGGACUUUUCACAUCCAGGAAAAACCAUUUCAGAUUUGGUUUUUAUUAAAUUCACACCCUUCCUCAUCCGAGGUGCCAACGGGCCCAUCUGAUAUGCAGUGAAAACAUGGGAAGCUUGAAUAUCUGGUUAUUUAAACCUAAACAAUACUAAACAAUAGUAUUCAAAUUGCUGGAGUUACCAGAAACCCGAAGGGUGUCCCUGCCGCGUGUCCCUCGGAGGGCGCCCUGCUCAUCCAGAGAGCCCUUCUCCCUCUAACCCCACCCACUCCUUGGAAAAGCAUCGCCCCUGCUUGCAAAGGUGGAGAGCCAGUCCAUGUGUGUUUCUCUCUCCAGCCAGGGGUUUGGGGCACUGCAGCCCACUUCCCGUGACCUUUCAGCUGUCGCCCCCAAAACCAUCCCCACCACCACCAGCAAGGCAGGGUGUCCUAUGGGUGAUGGAGAAUGCAGAGAAGGGACACUUUAGAUAUUUAUUAUUUAUAUGUUUAGUCAAUGACUAAUUAAUUAGUAGGUGCUGUUUUUGCAGCUUGUCAAUUAUGUUAUCUUACUAACUGAAGCUGCCUUUAUUCACAAAAGGCCCCCUCCCCACCCCUUGCCCUAGCACCUGUCUCUCUUUCCAUCUCUCUGUCUGCUCUACAUUCCCCACAUCCUCAGAGGAAAGCAGGGGUGUUGGACACCACAAGGAGAAUGCUCUGACCAGCUUCAUGCACCCAAGGGGUUGGGGGGAGUCUGGGGAACACCGGUGCCUCAAUUUUCCUCCUGCAGGCUGUUAGCCAGGGCUCCAGUUCUGGGGCGGGGGGUGGGGGGGUCGCAUUUGGGAUUCCUGAGCCAUCCCCGCUGCCCGGCACAGGGACACAACAGGCUGAGGACCUGUGUAGAAGGAGAGCAUGCCUGCCCCAGAGCUUCCCUCCUACUGCCAGUCUAACCACUGUGACAAGAUGACAGAUGGAAACAGGCACCUUCCAGGCCCAGGAGCCACUGGUCUGCAGACCAGGCCCGCAGAGUGGUGCUCGGCCCCCGGGAGCACUUCGCGGAUACACAAACUCUGUAGGCACCAGGAGGCCAGAGCCACAUCCUCCCCACCAGGCCCCAGUGUCUUGCAUGGCUCUGGGGGUGCUUAGCUGGCACAGCCAGCACACAGUGUGCCCAAGAUGCCCGGCCGGGCCUCCUGCACCCACUAACAUGCUGACUUGUCCCUGCCCUGCAACUGACAUUGGAGUGGCAGAGCUGGCUCACUCUGUGGACCGUCCCCACCCCUCCCUGCACCGGGCUGCGCUCCCUGCUCACCUUAGCGAAUUCGCAAAGCUGGGCAAUCACACAGGGUGUUCCCUAUGUCCCCUGUUUGUAAACCAGAGAAUAACUUCACAGAUGUUAUCAUUGCUUAAAAAAAGAAUUCCAAACAAAGCCCAGGAUGAUUUGAGAAAAGGGUGUGUUUUCCCAGGGAAGAUAGUUCAACAUUUUUUUAAUCUGCCUGAGGAUUUCUUUGUUAGGGGCUAUUGGUCAGGCAGUCUGGAGCAGUGGCUGGCUGAGGCUUUCAAAACCAUGACACCGCGGGCUCCAGAAAUCUGCAGAGGCACAGUAGCUGUUGGCUGUGCCACUGACCAGGUCCCUGGGACUUCAGGAAGGCUUAGAGGUGGGGCAGGGUCGGCUGUCAGGGAGAAGGAAGCAGCGAUAGGCUGCAGUGCUCUGUCCGAUCACCCAGGCAGCCUCCCCAAGUCCCACUGCCCAGGACCCCGUGCUUUAUCAACUGUACCUGUCCCUGCCUUUGGAGAAAGGCCUUUCUGCUCAGUAGUCAUUCUGACUUCAUUUCUCAUUUAGCUUUUACAAUGUAAGUGGAGUUUAGAGAGGGUGAGUGAAACUGAAAGAGGCAGAUUAUAGCUACUCUGGGCACGUGCCUGGGUUGGGUGGACCAUGCCUGCUUCCUUGUGGUUCCCUAGCUUGCAGGUGCAAGGAGGAUACUGGCUUGAUCUCUUUGCCAAGAAAAUACAGACUAGAGGAGAGCAGAAACUGCUGGGUGUGGGGUGUGAGCCAGGACCCCUUUCACAACCAAGUCCACUUGGGACUCAGGACACAAGCACCCCUGAAGCCCCCAGGGCAAGUAGACCAAAUCAGCUGUUGGCAAAGGUCCACCAGAUCCAAGCCCCGCUGUAUGGUAAGGGCCACAGCUGCCCAUGGGAUCUGAGAUACUAGCAUACUUAGUAUAAGACAGUAGGGAGUGGUGGAGACUGCGGUCUGCUGGCAUGUACGUGGCCUAUCCAAAAAAAGCAGUAGCUAUGCGGCUGUAGCCCGUUGUGCCAUGUGUGGUAGGUAAGCACAUAGUAAAACCUGCCAGCUUGGUAAGGAAAGCCAGAAGUACAGAUUUUACUAGGAAAUUUGAUUUUUAAAUGGCAGCAAAUUUUUCUUAAGAGUGCAGGCAAAGAGAAAUCCCACAGGUCAGCCACCAUUGCUCCCUGGAGAGGGGUAUAAAGUGAGGUUAGGUGUUGCCCUGGUGGGCUAGGGGAAAAGCCAACAUUGGGAAGGAUCAGAAACCUCUUACGAGACAGUCCUGUCCCAAAGAGACAGCAGCCCUGGAACUUGCACUCCUGGUGGUAGGACAGUUAAUGCUAAAGGAGAGAAGGAACAGAAUCUGGAGGCCUUGACACUCUGCCCCUUAAACAGAAAGAGGUCCAUUCCUUCCUCCAGGCAGCGAGGUCAAGAACAGGGUCUCACAGCAUGGUAACUCAAACAGCCCGGCUUUCUCCAGGUCCCAGGUUUUAGCAGCCAUCUCACCACAUGUCUAGAAGGCUCCAGGAAGCCAUGCUUGUUCCCAGGCUGUCCUCAGUUACCUACUUUGCCCUUGGGUCUACCACAGGCGCUACCUCAUUGUGUCUGCUGAGAAGUUUACCUGGAGGGGAAACAAAGGUGUCCAAAAUCUGCUUCAGCUGAAUGUACAAUCUAUGCAAAUUCUCUCUCUGUGUCUCUGUUUCUCUUUCCUCCCCCCUCAACUCCUAUCUCAGAAGUAUUAUUUUUUGUACCUUGCAAACCAGAUACUGUAUAGACCCCUCUUGAGACAGAGGAGGGCUUUCGUGCGCCACCUGUGUCUGCCCCUCACGUUGUCUUUGGCUCUGUCCUUGCUGAGCCCCAUGCAGGGAGAAAGUGGCCCUACCCCUUGCUGGGAAUACGCCAACCACCUUUGCCUACAGACCCCCACCCCGCCCAGGAAAGCAGUUCCCACACCUCACCGCCUCCUUUCCUCAUUUCCUUCUGACUUGCUUAUCCUCCCCCAUCUGCCCCCAAAAGCCUUAGGUUUCUCUUUUUUAAAAUGUGGCCUUAAAAUUAUUUUUGGAAAGCUGACAGCCCUCUCCCUCCAAUUUCCACCAACAUCCAAGAAGAAAGAGUAACUCAAGGUUUUUGUGGUAAAACCUCCUAAUGAGGGGCUGCCAGUCUGUAGUUUGUAGGUGUGAUAGAAGCUGCUUAUAAGUGUCAUCUAGAAGAAAAAUAUUCUUCCAUUUUUCCUAUGGGUAAAAUGAAGGCUUGGGUGCUCAUGUCAAUCUCAGCCCCCUCCCACCACACUCCCUAGGGCACAUCGCCCCUGAAAGGGAUGGUUUCGUCACCAGCCAAGGGCUCCUGUGGGCUUUCCAACCCUCCCCAGCCAAAGGCUUGGUGACUUUCUGUACUUCAUUCAAGGGUAAAUCAGGAGAGAGUCUCAGUUUAUCUCUUUGUCCUCCCUGCCUGGAAAGUGAUAGCAUUAAAUAGUCCCAGUGGAUGGGUUGUGUUUGCAAAGGGACCACGUGCUCCAUACUUCCCGAGCCUCUCCUCCCCACCCCACUCCCACUGUCGCCCCAGGGCUGAUGGAGGCCAAAGACAUCCCCAGGGUUUUCAUAGGAAAUUCACUGGAAUUAAGCGCAAUCAUCUCCGUAGUCUGUCUGUCUGUUUUUUUUUUUUUUAAUAUUGUGUCGUCAGUAGCAUUUAGGUAUUUUUUUAGAGGUCUCACAGUAAGUUAUUACCAUCGCCCUCAUUUUUUUUCAAAGAUAUGUGGUGAUAUAGUUUUAAAAAAUAACUAUUUUGUUAUAGAUCAUAAUAUGCAUAAAACUGUACAGAAAUAUUUUGUAAUGUAUUGAUUUUAAAAAAAGAGAGAGGAUAUGUAAAUAAAGUUUAAAAAAAGAAUUCAAAUUCAAAUGGCACACACUGAAAGAUGUAGAUAUUUUGCUACUUAUUUAAAGGAGUAUUUUAAAAGCUAUUGAACUAUCUGAAAUUGACCAGUAAUCAAAGUUCCCAUCAUCCGAAUGCUUUUCCUCGGGGUAGAACGUGAUUCUUGGAAAUGAUUGCACUAUCGCCCAUUUUUGCACCUUCUCUGUCUUUUCAUUUAGCAGAAAAACAACAACGAAAUUGUGCCUUAGCUGUAUUUUUUUUGUCUAGGGGAAUUUGUUUGUCUGACAAAGCAAAAUUUUUUGCAGAAAACAGUGGAUGUAUUAAAUACUGUAUCAUACCAAAAACACUGCAGGUGUAUAUAGAUGCUGUCAGCCUGUGUUUUCAGAUGCAGAAUUUUAAAAUUAAAAAAAAAAAACAACCUGUCUUUAUGGAA